AUGGAUGUUCAUUCAAUUGGGUCUCUUGACCGGAGAGACCCGAUGGUCCUGGCUUACUUAGACGGCCAUGGCAUAUUGAAAGUGGCAGGUACGGUACAUUUUAUUUUAGAACAAUAGGAAAGCGAUAAAAUUUCCACUCCGUUGCCCCAUGUCCUUAACCGGCAAAACGUAAUGAAGUACAAUGGCGUCAUGAUUAAACGAGUGAUAUUGCUUCGCGUAAUAUUCCGAAAAGCAGUUUUUAUUGAAUAUGUUAAAUUAAUUCAACUUAGUUUCACUUGAUUGUUAACUAAAAAACAAAGAUCCGACUGCAAUUUACUUUUCCCAAUGCUUAAUACAGUUGCUAGCUGCUGCCUCUAUGUAUUAACAACUAAAAUUUAUGUUUUCUAUAGGUUACAGCAUUUGGGUACUUAAUUUUACUGUAUUAUAAUUUUAUGUAUUAUUUAACACGAGUAGGAGUGUUUUAUCAGAUAUAACUUUAAAUAUAAAUUUUGUUGCACAUAACACUGAUUCCUCAUUCCUCCACAGCCGACAGCCAAAACACUAUACCCGAACUAUUUUUCAAUUCAUCUAAAACACGCAGCAAGCAAUUUUUGCUGUCAAAACUUGAUUAUUAUUUUAACAACGGGCCGCAAUACUACAUAAUAGUACAUAUACCAAAAAUAAUAGUUGAGUAAAUGGUACUGUAAACAAAAGAAUUUUUUAGUCUUAUUUGCCGCAUUAUCAUUUCAUUUAGAAGAAGAAGUUUAUAAUCCAUACCAGGUGGCGCCAGUGCGCCCGGGCGGCCUGCUAACCAAUGAGGAAUUUCAAGAGGUCCGGGCGGGAAAUUGGACAUAUGCGGAACCAUGCGCAAUCAUGUGUUGCGCAUGAUUCUUCCCAAUACUAUUCUUGCAGGUAACAAUCUUUUUUCAAAGUAAGUUUUUCUAACUCCUUAAUCCGUUGUCCUUGCCGCCUAAUAGGCUCUGACGGGAAGGCGGUCUUAUUUGUUACAUUAUCAUUCCAUUUAGAAGAAGAAAAAAGGACCUUUAUCAACAAAAGGUAAAUUGUUCCAAGUGCAUGGACUCCUCAGAAUGCCCAAGUAGAAGAAAUUAGACUUUAUAGACUGAUGCCAAGUGCGCCCUGGCGGUCUUUUGACCGCCCAACAAAUGGAAAAUGUCUUGUCCUACAUGCUUUUGGCAGGAACAAACAUGGAACAUAAGUAUAAUGUGAGAAGAAUCCCAAAUUUUUGGAGGCGUGUUGGGCGACCUGGAUAUUGGCUGAAGGAUGUGGCAUGGCAAUCACCAUCAGUUAAAGCACAAAGUGUAGUCAGAUAAUAAAUAGUUUUCUUGUUUUCGCAUAACAUCAUUUCCUGACUGCGUCCAUUUUGCGCAUCUUUUUGGUUGAAUUAAGGCUUAUUUACACGAUGCGGCUAAUCGUAAAUGAUCGUCAUUCUGGUACAAGAAAACGACUACAGACGAACAAAUGGCGAUUUAGCUGCAUAUGAACGCAACAAGCAACUUUGGCUGCCAAAAAUUGAUUAUCAUUUUAACAAAGGACUCAAUACAACAUAUAUAAAAAUAAUAGAGUUAGGGUAAAUGGUACUUGAAACAAAAUAAUUUUUUAGUCUUAUUUGCCGCGUUAUUUCAUUUAGAAGAAGAAAAUCUAUACCAGGUCAAGCCAGUGCGCCCGGGCGGUCGUUUGACCGCCCAACAACUACAAAGUGUGUGGGACGGGCACAUGAAGUGCGCAGACAUGCUCAAGCAUGUGCUGCGCAUGAUAUUGCCAAACACAAUUCUUGCAGGUAACAACAUUUUUUUUAAAGUAACCAUGUGUAAACUGUCAAAUGCAUGAGAGCCAGAUAUAUUCCUGUGAAACGUACCCUAACUCAUUAAUCGUUAAUCCUAACUUAUGAAUGCUAACACUUUAAUUCCAAAUCCUAGCUCAUGUAUGGAUACGCCACGCCAUUUUGACGUCAUUUUCACGUCGUCUUUGACGUCCGCGUCCUCGAUCUAAAUCUGUCUAUUAUCCGCAUUUUACAACAUUUCGCAACGAAACCUUGGAAUAUUACUACUUUCGUGAUGCUCUUUCAAGCUGUAAUGAAAUAUUUGUCUAUAUCAAAAUUUUAGUUAUAAGGGGAAAGGUCCAUUCAAAUUUGGUAAUUUUAACUAUUCCAUGUUUUUACAGUUUGUUUCUUUUACUUAUCUAGGGACGAACGUGGAACACAAUUUUGACGUCCGGCGCAUCCCCCAUUUUUGGCGGCGCGUUGGGCGUCCAGAGUAUUGGCCAGAGGAUGUGGCAUGGCAAUCGCCAUCAACAACAGCACGAAGUAUAGUCGAUAAUUAAUAUUUUCCCAUAACAUCAUAUGUUGCUGCGCACGAUAUUGCCUAAUGCACUUCUUGCAGGUAACAAUAUUUUUUUCAAAGUAACCAUGUGUAAACUGCCUGAUGGGAAGGCAGACAUAUUUUUGAGAACCCCCCAGCUCCCAGCCCCCGCUCCAGCGGUCUUUUUUGCUACAUUAUCAUCCAUUUAGAUGAAGAAAAGAAGACCUUUAUCAACUAAAGGUAAAUUGUCCCAGGUGCACAGACUCAUGAUGAGUUUGAUGUUUUGUAAAAGCAUUUUAAUUGUUUCUGUAUUCUAAGAAUGCCAAAUAUACAUUGUGUUUUUACUUGUUUUUGUGUCGUUUAGACACGCCUGGUUGAAAGGCAAGGGUACGGCCUGCUGUCAAACCACUGUUCAGACAUUUUAUGGUAGAGAUCGAGCAGUAGGAAGGGGAAAACAAAAAAAAAAUAAAAUAAAAAUAUAUAUGAAAGGCCAUUAACGUUAAGCAAGUGACUGUUAAUACUUAAUUGUGUUUAAGCUUACACUACUUAAUUUUACUGUAUUAUAAUUUUAUGUACUAUUUAACACGAGUAGGAGUGUUUUAUCAGAUAUAACUUUAAAUAUAAAUUUUGUUGCACAUAACACUGAUUCCUCAUUCCUCCACAGCCGACAGCAAAAACACUAUACCCGAACUAUUUUUCAAUUCAUCUAAAACACGCAGCAAGCAAUUUUUGCUGUCAAAACUUGAUUAUUAUUUUAACAACGGGCCGCAAUACUACAUAACAGUACAUAUACCAAAAAUAAUAGUUGAGUAAAUGGUACUGUAAACAAAAGAAUUUUUUAGUCUUAUUUGCCGCAUUAUUAUUUCAUUUAGAAGAAGAAGUUUAUAAUCCAUACCAGGUGGCGCCAGUGCGCCCGGGCGGCCUGCUAACCAAUGAGGAAUUUCAAGAGGUCCGGGCGGGAAAUUGGACAUGCGGAACCAUGCGCAGUCAUGUGUUGCGCAUGAUUCUUCCCAAUACUAUUCUUGCAGGUAACAAUCUUUUUUCAAAGUAAGUUUUUCUAACUCCUUAAUCCGUUGUCCUUGUCGCCUAAUAGGCUCUGCCACCACAUGCAGCGGCUAGGGUGCUUAGUCUCGGGUUUGUACUGAUGUCACCAGCUAGUAAAACCAUGAUGCACGGAAUAAAACGUUUACAACCUCCAUUCCCUGCGACUGUCUUGAACGUCAGUGAUGGUGGUAACGUGCGAUCGACGAGACAAGCCAAAUUUCGACCAGGAAACGGUUUCAUAUCCUCUUCACCUCUGACAAGCAGGGAAGAACCCUUUAGAACAUUGCCAGUUGGUUUAUAAAAAGUGCGAGAUAGACAGCGGCAGAUAAAAAAAGGUGUAGAACACCAAAAGACACAUCAAAACUGCAUGAUUAUAGAAGUCCCUUAAAAGCAGAGGCCAAUAAAAGGAAGCGGCAGGCAAGUGGAUCGACGAAUUCAAAGUCAACAUCAAACGAUUGUGUUGCGAGAUGUUGUUACUACCAUCAUGAGUCGAGUUGUCAGGAUAGUUGUAGGCGGGUUAAUUAGAGGUUAAUGAACAUGAAUUGGAUGUUUUGUAAGGGCCUUUUAAUUGUUUCUGUAUUCUAGGAAUGUCAAAUACACUUUGUGUUUUUACUUGUUUUUGUGUCGUUUAGGCACGCCUGGUUUAAAGGCAAAUGUGCUUCCUGCUGUUGAGCCAAUUUUCCAAGAAUUUGUGGAAGAGAUCGAGCAGCAGGAAGUGCAGGACGGUGAAUAUAUAUAAAAGUCCAUUAUAAUGCUAAACAAGUGACUGUUAAUUAUUAAUUGUGUUUCAGCUUACACAAUAUUUAAUUUUACUGUAUUAUAAUUUUAUAUUAAUUGUAACACAAGAGACCAUAUCAGCUCAACCAAACAACUAAUCAGCCAAUCAUUUGAUAUCGUUAAAGUGCUACAGUAACUCUAAAUAUAAAUUUACAAUUAUAAUAUUUCAAAGUAACCAUGUGUAUACUGCCUGAUGGGAGUGCAAACACAUUUCUGUAACCCCCCCCCCCCCCAGCUACCAGUCCACGCUCUAUUUUUCUCAAAAAUGUUGGCGAGCGAGAAGAGAAUCUGUACUAAAACCACUAAUUCUGUUUUGUGAUAGACGGAUGUUGUGCUGUUGUUACUACCAUCAUGAGUUGAGUUGGCAGUAAUAGUUGUGGGCGGGAUAGAGGUUAAUGAACAUGAAUUGGGUGUUUUGUAAAGGCCAUGGUUACACGGUGCAAUUUUGCUUGCAACUUGCAAUGCAAUUCUACUCUUGAGAGAUGUCAAUUAGUGAAAUCAGUGAAGAAUUUUCGAUAUGUUGAGAAAACAUCAGUGGAGUGUAAUGAAGGCUCGUAUUUGGUAAUUUUACAUUGUUUAUUCUAGGAAUGUCAAAUAUACUUUGUGUCGUUUAGGUACACCUGUGUUAAAGACACAUAUACAGGAUGCUGUUGUGCACAUUGUACAAGAAUAUUUAAGAGGAAUCGAGCUGCGAGAAGAGGAACCCGGUAAAUAUAUAUGAAAGGCCAUUAUAACGCUAAACAAGUGACUGUUAAUACUUAAUUGUGUUUAAGCUUACACAAUAUUUAAUUUUACUGUAUUAUAAUUUUAUAUUAAUUGUAACACAAAAGACCAUAUCAGCUCAAGGCUCAAGAAGAUUUAUAUCGGGUAAUUGAGCCCUGUCGGUCUAACUAUAUGCAUGUCCUGAUGAGAGGCAGAUAAUCGGCCUCGUGGUUCUGGCCAUGCUGUUGGAGAGUUUACUGAUGUUGAUAAAAAAUAUCUACAAUGGUACUGUAAACAAAAGAAUUUUUUAGUCUUAUUUGCCGCAUUAUCAUUUCAUUUAGAAGAAGAAGUUUAUAAUCCAUACCAGGUGGCGCCAGUGCGCCCGGGCGGCCUGCUAACCAAUGAGGAAUUUCAAGAGGUCCGGGCGGGAAAUUGGACAUGCGGAACCAUGCGCAAUCAUGUGUUGCGCAUGAUUCUUCCCAAUACUAUUCUUGCAGGUAACAAUCUUUUUUCAAAGUAAGUUUUUCUAACUCCUUAAUCCGUUGUCCUUGUCGCCUAAUAGGCUCUGCCACCACAUGCAGCGGCUAGGGUGCUUAGUCUCGGGUUUGUACUGAUGUCACCAGCUAGUAAAACCAUGAUGCACGGAAUAAAACGUUUACAACCUCCAUUCCCUGCGACUGUCUUGAACGUCAGUGAUGGUGGUAACGUGCGAUCGACGAGACAAGCCAAAUUUCGACCAGGAAACGGUUUCAUAUCCUCUUCACCUCUGACAAGCAGGGAAGAACCCUUUAGAACAUUGCCAGUUGGUUUAUAAAAAGUGCGAGAUAGACAGCGGCAGAUAAAAAAGGUGUAGAACACCAAAAGACACGUCAAAACUGCAUGAUUAUAGAAGUCCCUUAAAAGCAGAGGCCAAUAAAAGGAAGCGGCAGGCAAGUGGAUCGACGAAUUCAAAGUCAACAUCAAACGAUUGUGUUGCGAGAUGUUGUUACUACCAUCAUGAGUCGAGUUGUCAGGAUAGUUGUAGGCGGGUUAAUUAGAGGUUAAUGAACAUGAAUUGGAUGUUUUGUAAGGGCCUUUUAAUUGUUUCUGUAUUCUAGGAAUGUCAAAUACACUUUGUGUUUUUACUUGUUUUUGUGUCGUUUAGGCACGCCUGGUUUAAAGGCAAAUGUGCUUCCUGCUGUUGAGCCAAUUUUCCAAGAAUUUGUGGAAGAGAUCGAGCAGCAGGAAGUGCAGGACGGUGAAUAUAUAUAAAAGCCCAUUAUAAUGCUAAACAAGUGACUGUUAAUUAUUAAUUGUGUUUCAGCUUACACAAUAUUUAAUUUUACUGUAUUAUAAUUUUAUAUUAAUUGUAACACAAGAGACCAUAUCAGCUCAACCAAACAACUAAUCAGCCAAUCAUUUGAUAUCGUUAAAGUGCUACAGUAACUCUAAAUAUAAAUUUACAAUUAUAAUAUUUCAAAGUAACCAUGUGUAUACUGCCUGAUGGGAGUGCAAACACAUUUCUGUAACCCCCCCCCCCCCCAGCUACCAGUCCACGCUCUAUUUUUCUCAAAAAUGUUGGCGAGCGAGAAGAGAAUCUGUACUAAAACCACUAAUUCUGUUUUGUGAUAGACGGAUGUUGUGCUGUUGUUACUACCAUCAUGAGUUGAGUUGGCAGUAAUAGUUGUGGGCGGGAUAGAGGUUAAUGAACAUGAAUUGGGUGUUUUGUAAAGGCCAUGGUUACACGGUGCAAUUUUGCUUGCAACUUGCAAUGCAAUUCUACUCUUGAGAGAUGUCAAUUAGUGAAAUCAGUGAAGAAUUUUCGAUAUGUUGAGAAAACAUCAGUGGAGUGUAAUGAAGGCUCGUAUUUGGUAAUUUUACAUUGUUUAUUCUAGGAAUGUCAAAUAUACUUUGUGUCGUUUAGGUACACCUGUGUUAAAGACACAUAUACAGGAUGCUGUUGUGCACAUUGUACAAGAAUAUUUAAGAGGAAUCGAGCUGCGAGAAGAGGAACCCGGUAAAUAUAUAUGAAAGGCCAUUAUAACGCUAAACAAGUGACUGUUAAUACUUAAUUGUGUUUAAGCUUACACAAUAUUUAAUUUUACUGUAUUAUAAUUUUAUAUUAAUUGUAACACAAAAGACCAUAUCAGCUCAAGGCUCAAGAAGAUUUAUAUCGGGUAAUUGAGCCCUGUCGGUCUAACUAUAUGCAUGUCCUGAUGAGAGGCAGAUAAUCGGCCUCGUGGUUCUGGCCAUGCUGUUGGAGAGUUUACUGAUGUUGAUAAAAAAUAUCUACAAUGGUACUGUAAACAAAAUAAUUUUUUAGUCUUAUUUGCCGCAUUAUCAUUUCAUUUAGAAGAAGAAGUUUAUAAUCCAUACCAGGUGGCGCCAGUGCGCCCGGGCGGCCUGCUAACCAAUGAGGAAUUUCAAGAGGUCCGGGCGGGAAAUUGGACAUGCGGAACCAUGCGCAGUCAUGUGUUGCGCAUGAUUCUUCCCAAUACUAUUCUUGCAGGUAACAAUCUUUUUUCAAAGUAAGUUUUUCUAACUCCUUAAUCCGUUGUCCUUGUCGCCUAAUAGGCUCUGCCACCACAUGCAGCGGCUAGGGUGCUUAGUCUCGGGUUUGUACUGAUGUCACCAGCUAGUAAAACCAUGAUGCACGGAAUAAAACGUUUACAACCUCCAUUCCCUGCGACUGUCUUGAACGUCAGUGAUGGUGGUAACGUGCGAUCGACGAGACAAGCCAAAUUUCGACCAGGAAACGGUUUCAUAUCCUCUUCACCUCUGACAAGCAGGGAAGAACCCUUUAGAACAUUGCCAGUUGGUUUAUAAAAAGUGCGAGAUAGACAGCGGCAGAUAAAAAAGGUGUAGAACACCAAAAGACACGUCAAAACUGCAUCAUUAUAGAAGUCCCUUAAAAGCAGAGGCCAAUAAAAGGAAGCGGCAGGCAAGUGGAUCGACGAAUUCAAAAUCAACAUCAAACGAUUGUGUUGCGAGAUGUUGUUACUACCAUCAUGAGUCGAGUUGUCAGGAUAGUUGUAGGCGGGUUAAUUAGAGGUUAAUGAACAUGAAUUGGAUGUUUUGUAAGGGCCUUUUAAUUGUUUCUGUAUUCUAGGAAUGUCAAAUAUACUUUGUGUUUUUACUUGUUUUUGUGUUGUUUAGGCACGCCUGGUUUAUGUUUUCUAUAGGUUACGGUAUUUGGUUCUCUUGACCGGAGAGACCCGAUGAUCCUGGCUUACUUAGAUAGCCAUGGCGUUUGAAAGUGGCAGUUACGGUACAUUUUAUUUUAGAACAAUAGGAAAGCGAUACAAUUAAUUCCACUCCGUUGCUCCAUGUCCUUAACCGGCAAAACGUAAAUGAAGUAGAAUGGCUGCAUGAUUAAACGAGUGAUAUUCCUUCGAAGUAAUAUUCCGAAACGUCGUGUUUAUUGAGUAUGUUCUUAAAUUAAUUAAGCUUAGUUUCAUUUGCUUGUAAAUAAAAAAAAAAACAAAGAUCCGACUGCAAAUUACUUUCCCAAUACUUAAUACAGUUACUGCCUCUAUAUAUGAAUAGCUAAAAUUUAUGUUCUCUAAAAGGUACAUAUACCAAAAAUAAUAGGGUAAAUGGUACUUUAAAUACGUUGUUAGUCUUAUUUGCCGCAUUGUCAUUUCAUUUAGACAGAGAAAAUCUGUAUCAAGUCAGACCAAUACGCCCCGGCGGUCUUAUGACCGCCCAAAGUUAGAAGCAGUACGGGAGGGAAGAAUGAAAUGCGCAGGCAUGUGUUGCGCAUGGUAUUACCACAUUCACUUCUUGCAGGUAACAAUAUUUUUUUCGAAGUACCCAUGUGUAAACUGCCAAGUGAGAGCCAGAUUAUAUUCCUGUGAAUAUAUGCAAGCAUGUGUUGCGCAUAAUUUUGCCAAAUGCACUUCUCGCAGGUAACAAUAUUUUUUCAAAGUAAUCAUGUGUAAACUGCCUGAUGGGAAGGCGGUCUUAUUUGUUACAUUAUCAUUCCAUUCAGAAGAAAAAAGGACAGAAAUUAUUUUUUCAACGUAAUCAUGUGUUUUCUGUCUGAUGGGAAGCAGAUAUACUAAUGUGAAACUCAGCAGCUACCGCCCUGCUCCAGCGGUGUUAUUUGUUGCAUUAUCAUUCCAUUAACAUGAAGAAAAAAAGGACCUUUAUCAACAAAGGUAAAUUGUCCCAAGUGCAUGGCCUUCUCACCAAGGCACAAGUGGAAGAAAUUAGAGCUGACUUGGGAGUGUACAAAGAUGUGGAUGUGUAGGUUAAUGAACAUGAAUUGGGUGUUUUGUAAAAGCAUUUUAAUUGUUUCUGUAUUCUAGAAAUGUCAAAUAUACUUUGUGUUUUUACUUGUUUUUGUGUCGUUUGUUUAGGCACGCCUGGUUUGAAUACCAGGGUACGGCCAGCAAUUGAGCCGUUGUUCAGGCGCUUCACUGAAGAGAUCGAGCAGCAGGAAGUGGAGGACGGUAAAUAUGUAUGAAAGUCCAUUAUAACGCUAAACAAGUGACUGUUAAUAAUUGUGUUUAAGCUUACACGAUAUUGCAAUAGUAAUAUAAAGUGCAUGGACUCCUCAGAAUGCCCAAGUAGAAGAAAUUAGACUUUAUAGACUAAUGCCAAGUGCGCCCUGGCGGUCUUUUGAUCGCCCAACAAAUGGCGAAUAUCUUCCUUGGAAAAUGGAAGAAAUUAGAGUUGAGUUGGAAGUGUACAAAGAUGUGGAUGUGUAAGUUAAUGAACAUGAAUUGGGUGUUUUGUAAAAGCAUUUUAAUUGUUUCUGUAUUCUAUAUACAUUGUGUUUUUACUUGUUUUUGUGUCGUUUAGACACGCCUGGUUUAAAGGACCGGAUACGGACUGCGAUCGCUGAGAUCGUCAAUGAAUUUUUGGAAGAAGAUGAAAACGAUAUUGUUCUUGGUAAUUAUAUAUAUGAAAGUCCAUUAUAACGCUAAACAAGUGACUGUUAAUACUUGUGUUUAUAUGCAUACAUGAUAUUUAAUUUUAAAGUAUAAUUUUAUAUUAAUUAAUCGUAACACAUGCAGAAGAACAUACUAUAGCUCAACCAAACAAGUAGCCUAAUCAUUUGAUAUUGUUAAAAUGCUACGGUAACUCUAAAUAUGAAUUUUGGUACCCGUAACACUGAUUCCCCUCCACUUAAAGAUGAACUAUUUUCCCAUUUAUCUAAAACACAGCUGAAUAAGCAACUUUGGCUGCCAGCGGUCUUAUUUGUUGCAUUAUCAUUUUAUUUGGAAGAAAAAAAGGACCUUUAUCAACAAAAGGUAGUAAAUUGUCCCAAAUGCAUCGACUCCUCACAAUGCGCAACUGGAAGAAAUUAGACUUUAUUGACUGACUGAUGCCGAGUGCGCCCUGCAUGGCAGUCUUUUGACCGCGCAACACAUGGAAAAUGUCUUGCCAUGCAACAUGCUUUUGGCAGGAACAAAUAUGGAACAUAAAUUUGACGUCCGAUAAUGGGCGACCUGAAUAUUGGCCAAUGAUGUGGCAUGCCAAUUACCAUCGGGCUGAGCCCUCGCGUACGUGGCGGGCCCAAACCCGCUAAAGUAGGUCUGCAUAACAGACUAGCUAAUGUAUAGCCAUUAAUCAAUAUUUUGACUGAUAACAUUUCCUGCCUGCGUCCAUGUUGCGCGUCUAAUUGAUGGUUGACUCAAGGCUCAUUUACACGAUGUGGUUAAUCGUUAAAUGAUCGUCAUUCUAGCAUAUAAAAACGACUGCAGACGAACAAAUGGCGAUUUAGCUGUAUAUAUGAAAGCAACAAGCAACUUUGGCGGCCAAAUACUGAUUAUGAUUUUAACAAAGGCCCCGAUACUACAUAUACCAAAAGUAAUAGGGUAAAUGGUACUUGAUACAAAAGAUUUUUUAGUUUUUGUUGCAAGCCAUUAUAUGGCCUGCAACUAUCAUAUACUUGAAAUAUUUCCUGUCCUGUCCACUUUUACGUGCAGUUACGAUUUUGUAUCGACCAAUAGGGCGAUGGCCGACAGAUCACGGAAAUAAGCCGAAGCUGAUUGCUGUAUUUAAAUUUAGUCAUGACUCACAGCAGCUAGAGAGAAAGUCGAGUAGCUAAUGUUCUCUCCGCCUGUGCGGGCAAAGCGACUGCAAUGGAAAACAGUCUAUACACCUCCCCCUCCCCCUGGAGAAACUCCUGCGGACGGCCUUGCAUGUUCAUUAAGGAUUCACAACCAUACAAGAGUGAGAAGAUUAGGGGCCAUUUGAUUGAAGUUGUUCGCAUACAAUUGUAAACCCUGGGAUGGCCACCACGCUGUCAGCAAUUGAGUCUUAAUCAGCCAAAUUUCAGUAAUAAAUGCCAGGCUAUUAUUUGGUUACGGAAAAUAAUCUCUUGGAUUUUGUCAACUUUGGGGACGAGGGACAUACAGUUGCUGCCUGUAUAUAAUAUAGCAGCUAAAAUAAUAAAAUGUAUCUUUUCUAUAUAGGUUAGGAGAUAUGGUCUCAGUCAACGUGAUCCCAUGAUAUUAAUUUAUUUGGAUGGGCAUGGCGUGCUUAAAGUAGCAGGUAAAUUUCAUAUUAUUUAUAUUUAUUAGAAUAUUUAUUAGUAUUUUUGCACAAGUGAACAUAUUAAAAUAUUAAAUCCUACAACCUGAUUGGUCAAAUUUGACUUAUUAAGCUGUCAGGCCGUGAAUAUAACAAAACUGAAAUUUUCAAAAUGGCGGCUAGCCGUUUUGUGGAAGUUUACUGAUAAAGAAAUAAGCGAAAUUAAAAUAAACUCAGUAUAUACCAAAUAACACAAAAAUACUAAAACAAUUAUUCGCCUCGUACUCUGAUUAUCAGGGAAUAUUCACCUCGACUUCGGCGAAUAAUUAUUAAAUAUGAUCUGUAAUUGACCUCCAAGGGACUCAUUAUUUAUUGUACAGGGGGAGACUGAGAAGAAACUCUACAGCUAUAAUAUUUUUUGUUGGCCCCCUCUUGAGACAAGUAAAGCUCCCCCCCCCAAACAGGCAAAACAAGAACAUAAAUUUCGGUCCCCCCUCUAGCUCUUUAUCUUUAUUUAGAGAAACAAAAAUAGAUAAUGGGGACCAAUAGACAAUUCCCAUUCUAGACUAAUUUUAUGUGAUGUGUAGGUUAAUGAACAUGAAUUGGGUGUUUUGUAAAAGCAUUUUAAUUGUUUCUGUAUUCUAUAUACAUUGUGUUUUUACUUGUUUUUGUGUCGUUUAGACACGCCUGGUUUAAAGGACCGGAUACGGACUGCGAUCGCUGAGAUGGUCAAGGAAUUUUUGGAAGAAGAUGAAAACGACAUUGUUCUUGGUAAUUAUAUAUAUGAAAGUCCAUUAUAACGCUAAACAAGUGACUGUUAAUACUUGUGUUUAUAUGCAUACAUGAUAUUUAAUUUUAAAGUAUAAUUUUAUAUUAAUUAAUCGUAACACAUGCAGAAGACCAUACUAUAGCUCAACCAAACAAGUAGCCUAAUCAUUUGAUAUUGUUAAAAUGCUACAGUAACUCUAAAUAUGAAUUUUGGUACCCGUAACACUGAUUCCCCUCCACUUAAAGAUGAACUAUUUUCCCAUUUAUCUAAAACACAGCUGAAUAAGCAACUUUGGCUGCCAAAAAUUGAUUAUCAUUUUAACAACGGGCCGCAAUGCUAUACACAUACCAAAAGCGGUCUUAUUUGUUGCAUUAUCAUUUUAUUUGGAAGAAAAAAAAACCCUUUAUCAACAAAAGGUAGUAAAUUGUCCCAAAUGCAUCGACUCCUCACAAUGCGCAACUGGAAGAAAUUAGACUUUAUUGACUGACUGAUGCCGAGUGCGCCCUGCAUGGCAGUCUUUUGACCGCGCAACACAUGGAAAAUGUCUUGCCAUGCAACAUGCUUUUGGCAGGAACAAAUAUGGAACAUAAAUUUGACGUCCGAUAAUGGGCGACCUGAAUAUUGGCCAAUGAUGUGGCAUGCCAAUUACCAUCGGGCUGAGCCCUCGCGUACGUGGCGGGCCCAAACCCGCUAAAGUAGGUCUGCAUAACAGACUAGCUAAUGUAUAGCCAUUAAUCAAUAUUUUGACUGAUAACAUUUCCUGCCUGCGUCCAUGUUGCGCGUCUAAUUGAUGGUUGACUCAAGGCUCAUUUACACGAUGUGGCUAAUCGUUAAAUGAUCGUCAUUCAAGCAUAUAAAAACGACUGCAGACGAACAAAUGGCGAUUUAGCUGUAUAUAUGAAAGCAACAAGCAACUUUGGCGGCCAAAUACUGAUUAUGAUUUUAACAAAGGCCCCGAUACUACAUAUACCAAAAGUAAUAGGGUAAAUGGUACUUGAUACAAAAGAUUUUUUUGUUUUUGUUGCAAGCCAUUAUAUGGCCUGCAACUAUCAUAUACUUGAAAUAUUUCCUGUCCUGUCCACUUUUACGUGCAGUUACGAUUUUGUAUCGACCAAUAGGGCGAUGGCCGACAGAUCACGGAAAUAAGCCGAAGCUGAUUACUGUAUUUAAAUUUAGUCAUGACUCACAGCAGCUAGAGAGAAAGUCGAGUAGCUAAUGUUCUCUCCGCCUGUGCGGGCAAAGCGACUGCAAUGGAAAACAGUCUAUACACCUCCCCCUCCCCCUGGAGAAACUCCUGCGGACGGCCUUGCAUGUUCAUUAAGGAUUCACAACCAUACAAGAGUGAGAAGAUUAGGGGCCAUUUGAUUGAAGUUGUUCGCAUACAAUUGUAAACCCUGGGAUGGCCACCACGCUGUCAGCAAUUGAGUCUUAAUCAGCCAAAUUUCAGUAAUAAAUGCCAGGCUAUUAUUUGGUUACGGAAAAUAAUCUCUUGGAUUUUGUCAACUUUGGGGACGAGGGACAUACAGUUGCUGCCUGUAUAUAAUAUAGCAGCUAAAAUAAUAAAAUGUAUCUUUUCUAUAUAGGUUAGGAGAUAUGGUCUCAGUCAACGUGAUCCCAUGAUAUUAAUUUAUUUGGAUGGGCAUGGCGUGCUUAAAGUAGCAGGUAAAUUUCAUAUUAUUUAUAUUUAUUAGAAUAUUUAUUAGUAUUUUGCACAAGUGAACAUAUUAAAAUAUUAAAUCCUACAACCUGAUUGGUCAAAUUUGACUUAUUAAGCUGUCAGGCCGUGAAUAUAACAAAACUGAAAUUUUCAAAAUGGCGGCUAGCCGUUUUGUGGAAGUUUACUGAUAAAGAAAUAAGCGAAAUUAAAAUAAACUCAGUAUAUACCAAAUAACACAAAAAUACUAAAACAAUUAUUCGCCUCGUACUCUGAUUAUCAGGGAAUAUUCACCUCGACUUCGGCGAAUAAUUAUUAAAUAUGAUCUGUAAUUGACCUCUAAGGGACUCAUUAUUUAUUGUACAGGGGGAGACUGAGAAGAAACUCUACAGCUAUAAUAUUUUUUGUUGGCCCCCUCUUGAGACAAGUAAAGCUCCCCCCCCAAACAGGCAAAACAAGAACAUAAAUUUCGGUCCCCCCUCUAGCUCUUUAUCUUUAUUUAGAGAAACAAAAAUAGAUAAUGGGGACCAAUAGACAAUUCCCAUUCUAGACUAAUUUUAUGUGAUGUGUAGGUUAAUGAACAUGAAUUGGGUGUUUUGUAAAAGCAUUUUAAUUGUUUCUGUAUUCUAUAUACAUUGUGUUUUUACUUGUUUUUGUGUCGUUUAGACACGCCUGGUUUAAAGGACCGGAUACGGACUGCGAUCGCUGAGAUGGUCAAGGAAUUUUUGGAAGAAGAUGAAAACGACAUUGUUCUUGGUAAUUAUAUAUAUGAAAGUCCAUUAUAACGCUAAACAAGUGACUGUUAAUACUUGUGUUUAUAUGCAUACAUGAUAUUUAAUUUUAAAGUAUAAUUUUAUAUUAAUUAAUCGUAACACAUGCAGAAGACCAUACUAUAGCUCAACCAAACAAGUAGCCUAAUCAUUUGAUAUUGUUAAAAUGCUACAGUAACUCUAAAUAUGAAUUUUGGUACCUGUAAACAUGAAUAUAUAUAUAUAAAUACCUAAUAUAUUUAGUGUUUUUACUUGUUUGUGUGUCGUUUAGGUACGCCAGGUUUAAAGGAUAGGAUACAGCCUGCGAUCGCUGAGAUCGUCAAGGCAUUUUUGGAAGAAGAUGAAAACGAUAUUGUUCUUGGUAAUUAUAUAUAUGAAAGUCCAUUAUAACGCUAAACAAGUGACUGUUAAUACUUGUGUUUAUAUGCAUACAUGAUAUUUAAUUUUAAAGUAUAAUUUUAUAUUAAUUAAUCGUAACACAUGCAGAAGACCAUACUAUAGCUCAACCAAACAAGUAGCCUAAUCAUUUGAUAUUGUUAAAAUGCUACAGUAACUCUAAAUAUGAAUUUUGGUACCCGUAACACUGAUUCCCCUCCACUUAAAGAUGAACUAUUUUCCCAUUUAUCUAAAACACAGCUGAAUAAGCAACUUUGGCUGCCAAAAAUUGAUUAUCAUUUUAACAACGGGCCGCAAUGCUAUACACAUACCAAAAGCGGUCUUAUUUGUUGCAUUAUCAUUUUAUUUGGAAGAAAAAAAAACCCUUUAUCAACAAAAGGUAGUAAAUUGUCCCAAAUGCAUCGACUCCUCACAAUGCGCAACUGGAAGAAAUUAGACUUUAUUGACUGACUGAUGCCGAGUGCGCCCUGCAUGGUAGUCUUUUGACCGCGCAACACAUGGAAAAUGUCUUGCCAUGCAACAUGCUUUUGGCAGGAACAAAUAUGGAACAUAAAUUUGACGUCCGAUAAUGGGCGACCUGAAUAUUGGCCAAUGAUGUGACAUGCCAAUUACCAUCGGGCUGAGCCCUCGCGUACGUGGCGGGCCCAAACCCGCUAAAGUAGGUCUGCAUAACAGACUAGCUAAUGUAUAGCCAUUAAUCAAUAUUUUGACUGAUAACAUUUCCUGCCUGCGUCCAUGUUGCGCGUCUAAUUGAUGGUUGACUCAAGGCUCAUUUACACGAUGUGGCUAAUCGUUAAAUGAUCGUCAUUCAAGCAUAUAAAAACGACUGCAGACGAACAAAUGGCGAUUUAGCUGUAUAUAUGAAAGCAACAAGCAACUUUGGCGGCCAAAUACUGAUUAUGAUUUUAACAAAGGCCCCGAUACUACAUAUACCAAAAGUAAUAGGGUAAAUGGUACUUGAUACAAAAGAUUUUUUAGUUUUUGUUGCAAGCCAUUAUAUGGCCUGCAACUAUCAUAUACUUGAAAUAUUUCCUGUCCUGUCCACUUUUACGUGCAGUUACGAUUUUGUAUCGACCAAUAGGGCGAUGGCCGACAGAUCACGGAAAUAAGCCGAAGCUGAUUGCUGUAUUUAAAUUUAGUCAUGACUCACAGCAGCUAGAGAGAAAGUCGAGUAGCUAAUGUUCUCUCCGCCUGUGCGGGCAAAGCGACUGCAAUGGAAAACAGUCUAUACACCUCCCCCUCCCCCUGGAGAAACUCCUGCGGACGGCCUUGCAUGUUCAUUAAGGAUUCACAACCAUACAAGAGUGAGAAGAUUAGGGGCCAUUUGAUUGAAGUUGUUCGCAUACAAUUGUAAACCCUGGGAUGGCCACCACGCUGUCAGCAAUUGAGUCUUAAUCAGCCAAAUUUCAGUAAUAAAUGCCAGGCUAUUAUUUGGUUACGGAAAAUAAUCUCUUGGAUUUUGUCAACUUUGGGGACGAGGGACAUACAGUUGCUGCCUGUAUAUAAUAUAGCAGCUAAAAUAAUAAAAUGUAUCUUUUCUAUAUAGGUUAGGAGAUAUGGUCUCAGUCAACGUGAUCCCAUGAUAUUAAUUUAUUUGGAUGGGCAUGGCGUGCUUAAAGUAGCAGGUAAAUUUCAUAUUAUUUAUAUUUAUUAGAAUAUUUAUUAGUAUUUUGCACAAGUGAACAUAUUAAAAUAUUAAAUCCUACAACCUGAUUGGUCAAAUUUGACUUAUUAAGCUGUCAGGCCGUGAAUAUAACAAAACUGAAAUUUUCAAAAUGGCGGCUAGCCGUUUUGUGGAAGUUUACUGAUAAAGAAAUAAGCGAAAUUAAAAUAAACUCAGUAUAUACCAAAUAACACAAAAAUACUAAAACAAUUAUUCGCCUCGUACUCUGAUUAUCAGGGAAUAUUCACCUCGACUUCGGCGAAUAAUUAUUAAAUAUGAUCUGUAAUUGACCUUAGAGAAACAAAAAUAGAUAAUGGGGACCAAUAGACAAUUCCCAUUCUAGACUAAUUUUAUGUGAUGUGUAGGUUAAUGAACAUGAAUUGGGUGUUUUGUAAAAGCAUUUUAAUUGUUUCUGUAUUCUAUAUACAUUGUGUUUUUACUUGUUUUUGUGUCGUUUAGACACGCCUGGUUUAAAGGACCGGAUACGGACUGCGAUCGCUGAGAUGGUCAAGGAAUUUUUGGAAGAAGAUGAAAACGACAUUGUUCUUG